ACUCGGUUGGAGUUAAUUCAAUAUACGAAGAAACUCUGAGCUGACAAGAUGUAUCGUAUUAUCCUGGGUCUUGUUUUGUGCCUGUCGGUGUCCACUUACGCUGUUAUUCAGGACUGUGGCUCAAAAGUUGGAAAAUAUAAUAAUGUAACUGUUAGCGAUUGUGAACCUGAUGCGGCUACUUGUAUAUUAAAACGUGGUACAGAUGCAUCAAUAACUAUCUCCUUCGACGUUGACAAGGACAUAAGUGCAGUUAAAGCUGUUGUUCAUGGAGUUAUUGGCGGUGCUCCAUUACCGUUUCCAUUCUCUCAUCCAGACGGUUGUCAAACAUCAGGACUCACAUGCCCACUGACUAAAGCUAGUGGUCCAUAUACAUAUACAACAACUUUACAUGUUGAAAAACUUUAUCCCAAGCUCAAGGUUGGCGUGAAAUGGGAACUCAAAGAUGAAAACGAUGAUAAUAUUGUCUGCGCUAUGAUUCCUUCUGAAAUAAAAUAAACAUAAGUAUGACAACCAGGGAAAAAUUUAUCAACAAAUGGGCAUUUUUAAAACUUAAAUUUAAAUAUUAAUAACUUAAAAUAAUAAUUUUAAAAAAUUCAUAGCUACUGGAAAAUAUUUAUAUUUGUAAUUUUAAAAUUAAUUUUUCUUACAUUAUAAUAACAGCAUUAAACAAUUUAAAGUUUCCUAUAUUAAUUAAUUACAGAAAAAAAGUUCAGAUAUUAUAAUAAGAAAAUAAUAAUUAUGUAUUAAUAUACUUUGUUAAAUAAAUUAUCAUCUAUUAAUAAAUAAACUUCUUGGCAUUUUUAUCAUUA